ACCGCCGUCAACAUCUCAGCCCCCACGGAGAGGGCGCCGGCCGACGGCCAACUGCGAAAGCACGCCUCCCCUAGCGAGGGCACUGGGAGGGGCCUCGGGCCGACCGGGUCUGUGGGAGACAUCCGCUUCCGGGGCCGCGGCCAUCGCAACCCUCCACUCGUCAGGCCCGCGUAACUGGACCCGUCAGCAGAAGCUGACCCCGGACCCUAGCGUCCCUGAGUCCCGGCUGCCCUCGCUCUGCCGCCCGCCUUCAGAACCAGACAUGUUGGAGCAUCUGAGCUCGCUGCCCACGCAAAUGGAUUACAAGGGCCAGAAGCUAGCUGAACAGAUGUUUCAGGGAAUUAUUCUUUUUUCUGCAAUAGUUGGAUUUAUCUACGGGUACCUGGCUGAACAGUUCGGGUGGACUGUCUAUAUAGUUAUGGCUGGAUUUGCUUUUUCGUGUUUGCUGACACUUCCUCCAUGGCCCAUUUAUCGCCGGCACCCCCUCAAGUGGUUACCUGUUCAAGACUCAAGCACAGAAGACAAGAAACCAGGGGAACGAAAAGUUAAGAGACAUGCUAAAAAUAAUUGAUCGGGGUUUUCAUGAUUCAGCUUUACUGUUGUACCUGCUUUUGUUUUGUGUGACAUGAGCUAAAUUGUUUUCAUAUAUAAAACAUAAGCUAAAAACCACCUAUGCUCAGCUGUGUAUAGAUUUUGUUUUCUCCAUGUUUCAUUUCUCUUUUGGGUUUUGAUUUAUAAAUAUUUUAGACCUUCUCACAAUCUUCCUCUGAAAUGAAGAACAGAAAACAGAAGUAUGCAAAGUUUCUUUCAGAUCUACAAAAUAAUGAGUAAAAGCUUCAUAAAUGACAGUACAAUUUAACUAUCAAGUUUUAUAAUUCAUUAUGGGUAGUCAGGCUGUUUUAAUGUUUUCAAUUAAAACUCAGUGCAAUUCAA